CGUUCGCUGCAUGUGUUUCGUAACGACAUCGCGUCCCCCUUUGUUCUGUUAUAUUUAAACUUUUUGUGAAAAUGAAAGUAUUUCAAAUAUUUUUAUCAAUUAGAUUGUGAAUGGGCGAGGUCACCAUCUAUCGUUUGUACGAUUUACUCGAAAGUCAAGCGCGCAGACUCCGACUCGAUUGGGGCGCUGGAAUCAAAUAAAUCGCGUGUUAACAAACUUGAGAUUACGUCGCCAAGCUCCAGUCGCUAACUUGCAGAUGUACUUCCUUCCGUGGAUUAUGGUUAUCCAAUGACAAUAUGAGUGGAUAACGGUUGUGCAUAAAGAACACGCGAAGCCGGCCUUUGCUUAUAUUUUUCUAGUGUGAGUUGUGGUCGGUGAGUCAUUACGGUGAGAUGUGAGCGGGCGAGGAAUGAUGGACGUGCAACUAAGUGAACAGACUAAGUGGCAUCGUGGAGGCUUCCUCUCCACACUUAACAGAAGUUUUCGUCUGGCCACAAAGUCUAAAAGCCUCACUAGUUCUCCCGUAGAGAAUAAAUCUAUUGAACAAAGUCUGGAUAUGACUACGGCGGGUUUAAAUGCCUCCAGUGAAACACCAAUAGCAUUACGACCGCUGGAGAUUGUUGCGCCUCGUAUUGACACGUACAGGUUUUCGAUGGCUAACUUGGAAGAAACUCAAGAUGCUGAUUUGGACGCUAUACUUGGAGAGCUUUGCGCACUUGAUUCAGAAUAUGACGAAGAAAUAUCCAGAGUAUCAUCAGAUUACUCUUCACAAGCAAAAGAAAGGAGUGGAGGUGAGAGUUCACAAAGGCAAGAGAAUAAAGAUGUUAGCGAUGGGGCAUCUACCAUCACUCGCACUGACUCCCCUGACAAUGAUUCUGCUUUUAGUGACACUGUAUCUAUGCUAUCCAGUGAAUCAUCAGCAUCUAGUAGUGCAAGUUCUAAAUGUAAACCUAUUAAAUUAAGUCUACUACCAAAUCAGAAGGAUGCGGUUUUUCAACAGAAAGCGGAUAAAAUCAAGCUCGCUUUGGAACGCAUGAGAGAAGCUAAUGUUAGGAAACUCUUCAUUAAGGCUUUUUCAAUGGAUGGCUCAUCAAAAAGUUUACUAAUUGAUGAGAAAAUGACAUGCGGCUAUGUAGCGCGUUUGCUGGCUGACAAAAAUCAUGUCACUAUGGAACCGAAGUGGGCGAUAGUGGAGCACCUACCUGAUCUGCAUAUGGAACGGGUGUAUGAAGAUCACGAAAUGUUAGUCGACAAUCUGAUGCUAUGGACGAGGGAGUCCAAAAACAAAAUACUAUUUGCUGAGAGACCUGACAAGAUAUCACUUUUCCAAACACCAGAGAAGUUUCUUCUUACUGAGGAUGAUAAAGGCUGGUCCAGUGAACAAGACGAACAUACGCGUCAAGUGAUUAUAGAAGAAUUUUUCGGCCAAAGCGGAGCUUCUUCGAACAUCCCAUCCGUAUCGGGUCAUCCUGUACCACCCAUGGAAGGCCCUCUCUAUUUAAAAAGUGAUGCCAAAAAGGGAUGGAAGAAGUUUUACUUCGUACUACGACCAUCUGGACUGUACUAUUUACCGAAAGAUAAAGUGAAGACUUUGAAGGAAUUGGUGUGUUUGGCAACAUUCGACACUAACGAAGUCUAUUUAGGAUUGAACUGGAAGAAAAAAUACAAAUCUCCCACCGACUUCUGUUUCGCUAUCAAGCAUCCGCGUCUGCAGCAACCGAAAAGCGUCAAAUUCAUCAAGUUCCUUUGCGCCGAUGAUCAGAAAACUCUGGAGAGAUGGAUCACUGCUAUGCGAAUAGCUAAGCAUGGCAGACAACUCCUAGAGAAUCACCGCUCCCUCGUCGAGGAACUCACUCAAGAAGAUUUAGAUCACUUGGCGCAUGCGCGUUCAUGUUCUAUAACAUCGAUCCCUACAAAGACAAAUGGCACGAUGCCAAUGGGGGUCAACAACCCCGCGCAGUCUGCCUCUAGCAAUAUCAGUGCUGCCAACUCCGACAUCAGUAGUGGCAGACAUUCCCGCGCUUCAUCAUCAAGUUCCAGCGGAUGUCUGUCAGAUGGCGGCACUGCUUCCGAGAGUGCGUUUGACUGCGAGUUUCCUAUGGGUACAAUAAAACGAAAGCCCUCAAUGAAGCCAAAUAUACCGCUGACGUGGAUGACCCGACAGCUAAAGGAGAUGGUGGAGAACGAAGGCGAUACAGACACGGGUGACACGGGCACGCUCACGAGACGAACUCGACCGCGCGAUGACUCCACGCUAAAACGACACCAUUCCACCGCCACAGAAUCUUCAGACACGCCCAUCUAUAGUACCGGCAGCAUUACUUCAAGUAGUCCAGUUCGACACCAACCAACGUCGCCAACCUACGGACAUUACGAGACUAUUACGCGAGAUCCUUACCGUAGCAGCAUAGAAACCGCCUCUUCCCUCUACGGCUACACUAUUUAUGACAAAACUCAACAGCAGCAAGAUUUAACAGCAGUAGAAGAUUUACCACUCCCACCUCCACCGACAGACGAUGUUCCAGACGGAAUGUUCAGCUCUACUCUAAGCCUCGAUUCAUUACCGCCCCCACCACCUCCACUGGAUUCUAUAGAAGAUAUAAGUGGCUCUCAGCUUAGUCUUCCACCACCGCCUCCCGAACAUGCCAUGGAAGCCCAUUCCGGGAGGGUGCAGGAUAUCGUUAGUCAACUUACCGCCCAGCAAAUAGAACAGGCUGCGCGCGCAGGACAGAGAAAUAGUAAUCGCUUAUCUGAUUCGAGUCGGUCUUUUCCGCGUCAACCUUCACUAGAUAGUGUCCAUUCAGAGGCUUCAAAAACUUCAUCUCUUCAUUCAGAUAAAAGCAUUUAUGGAACACAGAAUGUAGCAUAUGGAGCUUGUCUAGUUGAAUUACAGACUAAGAAACUAAGCAAUGGCAGCCCAUCUGUACAAAAGAAAACAAUGGAUACAACAACUAAGGAACGAACUAGUUCCAUUAAGAAGGUGAAUUUCGCAGAUGAUUUACCAACAACUUCUGAAAAGAAAAAUAAGAAGAUCACAUUUAAUUUAACAGACGCGCCACCUUCUCCCCGGAAACCACCGCCACCCAAACGCAAUGAAAGUACCAGGUUAUCCUCACCAAAAAAACUUGCAGAUUCUAACAGCAAUCCACCCAAAGAAUUUUUAAAAGAUUUACAAAGAGUAAUGAGGAAAAAAUGGCAGGUAGCGCAGAAAUGCAAACUUGAACCGGCAACAACACCGCAUGAAGUUCUCGGCUUCAGAGAGUAUCCUCUAUCGGAUGAUUACAAAGAAACGAGUGUGUCAAUGUGGGUACAGGAACAUUAUGGAGGAGGUUCGGGCGUCGAGGAUCCGUUUUAUGAGAAUGUCUUCGGCCGGGAAGCUCCACCGAGACGAGAAGAGCCCAAGCCGAUAAAGAAACGCCCCCCACCGGCACCGCCGCGACGAAGUGACUCCACUCACUUGACCACUCACCCUGGACUACCCACAGCGACGCACUCGUCUCUGCCUGCGCAUCCUUCCACGGUACAGCCGACUGCUUGAGACCGUCUUAAUAUAUCGCUCGCUUUGUGCGGAUUCCCGUGCCGUUUGUGUUACGCCAGCAAUUCCAACGAAGCCUAAAGAUAAUAUCUUUAUGAGCGUUGUAGUGGUGUGAUGAACACAGUGAAGUUUUUGCGAGCGUUGUCGGUACAUUAUGCACUUUCUCAUGUUUAAUCAUCAUAUACAUCAGGAAUAAUGCGUUGUAGUAGCAGUGUAUUGUCCAUAAUUGCGUAAAUGUAGUGACUUAAUGUAGUGAUGAAAGUUUAACCACUCUCUGAAUGAAGCCAAAUUGUGGUCCAUUUGUGUUUGAACAUUGAGAGUGGACGGUGGAGUAUUCUAGUUUCAUUAUUAUCUUAAAUUAACAAACUCUGUUUUUUGUAAUGAUUUGAAAUGUGACCAACGGAAAAAUAAAAAUGUUAGGUAAGUUUUGAGCAAGUUUGACGUUAUUGAAUGGCGGUGCUAUUAUGAAAUGGUAUAGUAAGGUAUGUAAACUUUUGCUGGUCCAAUUGUAACAAAAAAUAUGUACGAGAACUUGGUGAAUGGUCUCAAUGCACUGAUUUAUUAUUAAAAUUUAAUAAGUAAAACAAAACCUUAACUAUUAUUGUUUAUGGCAAAAUAUUAUAAAAUUUAUAGAAAAUUAAAUAUAUUUUAAAAUUAUUAUAUAUUAUUUAAAUAUUUAAUUAUUGGCGAUUUCAAAGAAAUGGUGCUAAUUAUAGAAGCGAGUUUAUUGUACCUAUUGUUACAAGUGGACUAUGCAAGACGUAUUUAUUAAAAUUAGUUGGGGUUUUGACAAUUUUUAUAUUAUGUUCCUAAUUUUAUUAAUGAGCAGCUCUCGGCAUAGACAACAGAGUUACCAGAUACAUAACAGAUGAAUCCAAAAUUAUUUUUCACAUAAAAGUAACGUAAUUUGGAAUUGCGAAUCUCAUAAUUUCCAUAUAUAUUUUUUUCUCAUUUAUAUUUUGAAAAGAAAAUGUUCUUAUUUACGAAAAACUUAAUUGUAACUUUUAUUUUCCUCUGUGGCAACUCUGUAUUUUAGAUGAUAAAGAAAUAUCCAAACAAUACACAACAUACUACCAUGAUAAAAAAUAUCUUAUGGAAUUAUGUAAGAUUUUAAAAGUUAUAUUAUAAAAGGCACCAUCUGAAAUCGGUUUCUAUAAUGUUUUCCCUUUUUACUAAAAUACAACAUACAUGCGUAUGUAUUUAGAGAUUUAGUAUUCCUAAUUUGUGCCAUAGUUACUGUGUACUUUAAUGUUUAUAUUUAGAUAAUAACUUACAAUGUAAUUUGUUUAAUCGAAUCAUAUUUAUCCAUGAAAUUAAAUAUUUCGUUGGGGAUUUGUUUUGGACAAAAUUAUAUAUUUAAAUUAAAAA